AUGAAGGAACUGACAGGCAAGAUUAUCCAAAUAAAAAAUAGCAACACAGCCCUCAGAUAUUAUGAGAUUUGUACUAUUUCAACAUCCAUAAAAACCUCUCAACAUCCCCAUCAAGGGAGUGCCCAAGGGACACAACCUCCGCCAGCUCAACCCACUGUCACUAUGAAAUAUAAUAAUAAUAAUAACAAUGAUGGCGACGACAGUGUAGAAGAAGAAGUAGUAGAUGAAGAAGAAGUAGUAGUAGAAGAAGAAGAACAAGAACAAGUCAAUAGCAAUGGCAGUGUGAAAGGGGCAGAAGGGACGGAAAGGCUUUGA